AUGGCACCGCGGCGGCCGAGAGGUACGGGGCGGCAGAAGAUCGAGAUCCGGCCCAUCGAGAGCGAGGAGGCGCGGCAGGUGUGCUUCUCCAAGCGCCGCAGAGGGCUCUUCAACAAGGUGAGCGAGCUGGCCAUCAUGUGCGGUGUCGAGGCGGCCGCCCUCGUCUUCUCCCCGGGCGGCAGGGUCUUCUCCAUAGGCCACCCUUCCGUCGACUCCGUCCUCGACCGCUUCCGCACCUUCUACUCUUCGGAGGCUCAGACCGUGGCGGCGGUGGAUGGCGGCGCCGGUGACCGGAACCCGGCGCAGGCGGAGCUGAACCAGAAGCUUGGCGAGCUGCAAGCGCAGCUGGCCGCGAUCAAGGCGCGAAACAAGGCCAUCGAUGAUUUCUUGGAUAAGGCGCGCGCCGAGGGGUGCCAGGCGGCGGCGUGGCUGGAGCAGGCCAACGACGUGAGCCAGAUGAAGGAGGAGGACCGGGCUGCCUUCGCGGCCGCGCUGGCGAAGCUGCGCGCGGACGUGGCGGUGCGCUGCGACCAGGUUCUCCGGGAUGUGCUGCCCGUUGGCCGUACUGUGGGUGGCGGCGGCGAGUUUGAGCUCGGUGGCACCAGCGCGAACGCUGGAAUGGAGCAGCAGCAGCAGCUGAUGAUGGGGAUGUUGCCACCGCCGCCACUGCUGGGGUUUGACACCGGAAUGGAGACGGUGCAUCAGGGGUUCGGGCCGCACGGCUCCCCCCAGUGA